UCAAAAACCAAGAACAUAAGAAAAUAAUGCAACUAUCCUUUUUAGAACCCAAAAUUAAAGUUAUGGGUUCAAAGAUUUCAGCAAUCUUCUUCAUUUCUAUGAUUUUCAUGUCAACAUGUUUAUCACCAGCUUAUGCAACUUCGGGACGAUGCCCAUGUACUCCUCCUUAUCCACCUUACCAACGCCCUAGUCCACCUGGCACUACUCCACGGCCGCCACAUCCGCCUAAAUCUCCACGUCACCCUCAUCCACCUAAGUCCCCUGGUAGGCCGCCCCACCCUCCGUCAACGCCACGUCCGCAUCCACCAACGACCAAACCACCACCCCACCACGGCGGAGCACCUCCUAGGGUUUUGCCGCCUAUUGUCAGACCACCACCAGUUGUAACACCUCCGGUCACAAGGCCACCUGGCAUUUCACCUCCAGUCACUAGGCCACCUGGCAUUUUACCACCUAUUGUCAAUCCUCCCGUUGUAACACCUCCAGUCACUAGGCCACCUGGCAUUCUUCCACCUAUAAUAAAUCCUCCGGUCACUAGGCCACCUGGCAUUCUGCCACCUAUAAUAAAUCCACCUGGCAUUUUACCACCAAUAACAACUCCUCCCGGAGGAAUCCCACCACCUUCUGCUGGAUAUCCACCUUAUGCACCUCCUGGUGGAGGUGGUGGUGGUGCGCCCGGUCGCGGAGGAGGAGGCGGCGGCGGUAUUCCGGGUAUUACUCCAGCGCCGCCUGCCACGUGUCCUAUAGAUGCAUUAAAACUUGGGCUUUGUCUUGAUGUUCUUGGAGGAUUAGUGCAUAUUGGGAUAGGAAAUCCAGUGGAACAUAUAUGCUGCCCAGUGUUACAAGGAUUGCUAGAGCUAGAAGCUGCGAUUUGUUUAUGCACAACAAUAAGACUUAAACUUCUUAAUCUUAACAUUUUCCUCCCAUUGGCACUUUCAGUUCUUGCAACUUGUGGUUUAACUCCUCCUCCUGGUUUCAUAUGUCCUCCUCUUGUCUGAACUAAGGUUUUUAUGUUGGUCCUUUUGUUUUAAUUUCCAUUGUGCACGGUAAGAGAUAAUAUGCAAAUAAUUAGUUCCUUAGUCUUGUUUUUUCGAGAUGUAAAACGUUAACUAUCCUAAGAGUUUGUGUCUUUGUUAUGUUUUUGGUAUUUCGCUCCCACAAAUUGGAUUCUGAAAGUGUGUAAAACUCAGUAAUAAUGUAUUGGUGUGGGUUUCAUGUUCAUUUGCAUGGA